AGGUGUACAUUAUGCAUGGAGGAGCGCGGUUGCUCAUGGCGGAAGGGAAAACGGGCGCACCGGCAGAUGAAGGCUUCAGAGGUGCGUGAGACGUCGGUGCGUGCAGUCGCUCAAUACUUCUCUCCCGGUGCCGUUCCCUGCUUUCCGCGAUGCCUGAUCCCUGCUGCGAAGGAAAGUGCAAGUGCGGCGACGCCAACUGCUGCACGGAUGGCAAGAAGUGCGCGGAGGACAAGAAGUGCUGCUGUGCUGAGGCCGGCGAGACGUCAUGUGCCGAAUCCUGCAAGUGUCGAGGGGCAGAAGGCAAGUGUUCCUGCGGUGAGAAGUGUUCCUGCUGACCUCACCGUGUUCUCAGGCCGACAUCCGCUGACGACAUGACACUCUACUGAGCAAGAUUUAUGGAGAAAUCAGUGACUCAUGGAACCACCGUGCAUAAGCGUCAUCGCCUAUGCCGGCUGGUGAUGCCUGUUUAUUAGUCAGAAUGGCGUUUUUUUUUUCGUUUUUUUUUCUAAAGAUCAAAGUUCCCCAAGUUUAACUAUAGAUUUACAUAAUUAUACAUAUAUAUAUAUAUUUUGUCUCUUCAUGUUUUCUUAAGCCACGAGAUCAUGGUGUGAUUCUUGAGCUACAGUUGAGGUGUCGAUAUAUUCAGCAUCAGCCUUCCUUUAGCAUUUAAACGAAAAUGUUCUACGACAGUGUACGUUUUUACAUCAUUAGUGUUAUCCGAAUCCUCGUGUCAGUCAGAAUCGUAGACCUGUCGUUAGCUAGUGAGAGUUAGUACAUUUAUUGGAUCUGUAUUUUCCUUGGAUUUUUCGUAAAUGAUUUUCAAUAUGAUAAAUCUCUACAUUUUACUACACAUUUCCAUGUAAUAUGUAUGUUUAAUGUCUGGCCAUGACAAAACAGAAAUAAAUAAAUAAUCUAUCUAA